ACUGAAGCACUAUUCAGGGCCUCCUACUCCAGAAGAUCAUCAGUCAGGAUGCUGCUCUUCGUUUCUGUGAACAGCAAUGGUGUCCGUGCCCUGUGAGCUCUUCUCCCAGCACCCAGUUCCUCCUCAAGACCCACUGACCUCCUAUGCUUUCCCUCCCACAGUGUGCAAAUACGUGGCAUUGGAGCUGAAAUCUGCCUUUGAAGAGACCGGCAAGACCAAGGAGGUCAUCGACACCAAGUAUGGCUUCUUGGAUGGGAAGGGCGCAGCCGUCAAGUACACACAGUCGGACAUCCGGCUCAUUGAGGUGACGGAGAACAUUUGCAAGAGGCUGUUGGACUACAACCUGCACAAGGAAAGGAGCGGGAGCAACAGAUUUGCAAAGGGUAUGUCAGAGACGUUUGAGACCCUGCACAACCUGGUGCACAAAGGUGUCAAGGUGGUGAUGGACAUUCCCUAUGAGCUGUGGAAUGAGACCUCUGCCGAGGUGGCGGAUCUCAAGAAGCAGUGUGAUGUGCUGGUGGAGGAAUAUGAAGACGUGAUCGAGGACUGGUACCGGCACCACCAGACGGAAGAUCUCUCCCAAUUCCUCUGUGCUGACCGCGUGCUGAAAGGGAAGGAUGCCAGCUGCUUAACAGAGAAGUGGACCGGCAAGAAGGGUGACUUGGCGAGCGCGGGGGAGAAGCCAAGCAAGAAGAAGAGCGGGAAAAAGAAGAAGAAAGUGGGGAAGGAGCAAAGUGAGGGUGCCGAGAGCUUCUCCCCGGAGGAGAGCGGGGUGCAGGAAGCCGCUCCGCUCCCCCACAGCCCCACCGACGAGCUAUAGGCAGCAGCUCGCAAGGACUGAGCGGGGAGAAAGG